AUGUAUCCAGAGCCUCGAGGUCUAGAUUCCUCCCUCCUCGCUCGAGUCUUUUCACUUUGCACGACAUUUCAAGGCGAUCAGUUUGGCGUCGUCGCUUUCAUGGAGAUUGCCGCCUCUUGUAUCGCGUUUGCGCAAGUCGCCGACAAGACCAUCCGCACUAUUAGGGGCUUCAUCAUUGACUGUAGGGAUGCCCGUACCGACUUGAGCGCCGUCAACCGGGAACUCUUGAAGACUUGCAGUAUCCGGGACGAUAUUCGAGACAUCAUUAAGAAUUGUCUUGAUGCGGCGAAAGACAUUGACGAUGUGCUCGUGGAGCAUCGGGGGAGGUUUGCAGCCGUGAGUUGGGCAGCCACAGGGAAGCAAAAGGUCAACUCACUCAAGGCUGUUCUUGAGGCCCAUCGGCGUGCUUUAAAUCUUGCCGUGGAUACAGUCACUCUGGCCAUGACUAAGAGCAUCAAGAAUGAUACCGAAGACAUUCUAGAGGACACUGCCGAUAUCAAGGCAGAUACAGCCGACAUUAAAGAAGAUGCAACCAAAAUUCUCCAAGAAAUCGCGAGGUUGGAAACACUCAUCAGAAGAAAUAUCCCAGCCCAAAGCAGCAAAAUGUUUCUCCUCAACCGAUACCUGUACGAUCUGACUUCGGUUGCCGGGUCUGUAUGUGGCGACCUUUCUAGACCAGGCACUCCAGAGUCUAUUUCUGAGCGGUCAUCGACUCUCAUUGCUACCGAGACAGCCUCGAACCAUGAUGUGUCGAGAGAACCCGAUGCAAACAAGUUAAAGGCAGAGGAAUACGAGGCCAGCAAUCGACCUUCCACUCCAAAGCCGUCAGCCGCACCAAUGUCGUUACCAGCAUCAAAGCCGUCACCUGUAUCAACGCCAUUAUCAGUACCAACACCACCACCUGUAAGCCCUCAACAUACCGGCGCCGAGAACCACCAAAGACCACAACCAAUGGCUGGCAAGUUUUCGGAGAGGGCUCCGGGGAACCACAUCAAGUCGCUGCCUGUGAGACCUCCCAGCAACCAGCUCAUCAAGCAACAAAGCCAAACAGUGCAGCGCGUGGAGAGGACUCUCCCACAUCCAACCCCUGUCCCUCACCCUAAGAAGGAGCUCGAGGCACGGCCCGCUCAAGAACCAGACCAAAGAUUCACAUUGGCUGGUGACGCUGCCCUUGUGCUCCUCGGGCAAGAAAAAGUCUUUGAAUUUCCUUCCAUGGAGCGGCUGCUUAGCUUCUCACAGGAGAGAGGGCCCGUGACUAACCUUACGACUGACGGAUCCAUCUUCUGGGCUAGGGACAAGAGUAGCGAAAAGUUUGAUAUUUGCAAAACCCUGAUUUUCGAUUGGAUGACGGCCCGUCACAAAGACGAAAAGGAUGGCAUACCCGAUUGUUUGUCCCUCAACGUCUCCUUACCCAUCGACCUGAACCGCGGGCUGUGUCUUCAGCGGCAACAGAUGAGGGCAGGAGUGGUUGGGAAUUUGCACUUGUAUCGAGUCAGAAGGGUUGGAACUGUCCUACCGGGAAUCAGUGUUGAAAAUGUGAUGCUAUCAAAGACACCUGCUGAGGUAGCCCAGUGCGGGUGGAACUUUUCCGAUGAUGGUCGUCACAUCGUCAGCUUCUUCAACCUCCAGAGCAAUCCUGUGGUCGAGACGUGGAACUUCAAAGAUGAUUUAGCUACCGAGGGAGCUCUAUGGCCAAAGUAUCAACAAUCUGAGAAAGACUCCUACUCACUCAAACCCCAUCCUCACCCAAACGGGAAGGCUUGCAACUGUUAUGCCAGCUCCGUCGCAAUGGCAGGCAAUCUGGUGGUCGUUGUCAGCUACGUUUACAAGCCUCAAAUCUCUCCCUUGCUGGAUUAUUUCGUCACAGGCUGGAACCUUGGCACGGGAAGAGUUGUGUUCUGUCACGUACUUGGAACAUGGGAACUGGGAGACAGCUUCCUGGUCAAGCUCUCCCGCGACGCCAAGAUCCUACAGAUCAGCCGGAAGGCCAACGUCGAAGAGGAGGCAGAGUGGAGGGAAUUCCGCGAGUUCAAGUCUGCGUAUCUGCACUCGACCUUGGAGAUUGACGGACCAGAUCUCCGUCUCGUGCAAAACUAUGCGAUAUUUGAUAAUGACGAUGUGAAUGCGUUGGAGAAGGAUAUUGGGCGGACGUUCUUCCUCUCUAUGGUGGAACCUGCGGAGGAGGGGAGGUUGUCGAGCUGGGUCUUUGAUUGUGUUUUCAACCUGAAGAGACUUGACGGCAAGAGGCCAAUCUCUUUCUGUCAAAGAUUUAGACAAGACUCCAGAGUAAUGAAGACGGAUUGA